AUGGCAGAAAAUGCUUCUCUCUUCUGCGUUAAAAACAUUAAACUUGGGUACCAUUAUCUUAUCUCCUACGCGGUUUACCUCUUUGUCAUUUCAUUAAUCCUUCCUUCUAUAGGAUUUCAUCUUCUUACUGUUAACAUCGAAAAUCUCAACAACCAAAUCCCUACGCCGAAAUCAUUGUCCAUUAUUUUUGUUGUUCUAUUUGUCGCGGCCCUCUACUUUAGGGGCCGUCCAAGAACCAUUUACUUGGUAGAUUUUUCAUGUUACAAGCCAGAUCCCACCGAUAUGAUGAGCAAAAAAGAUUUGCUAGAUAUAAUUACAUCAACAUUCGACAAGGAGAGUGCGGAUUUGCAGAAGAAAGUGUUAGAAAGAUGUGGAUAUAGUGACAUGACAUAUAUUCCAGAGGGCAUCAGAAUGUUACCAGACAAGUUAUUGACGUUUAAUAAUUCUAGGAAGGAAAUAGAGAAGGUUAUGUUUGGAGCCAUAGACGAUGUAUUAUCUAAAACUGGAGUGAAGGCACGUCAGAUUGGGAUAGUGAUAGUGAACAUUGGGGUCCACAAUCCAACACCUUCACUAUCCUCCAUGAUUGUUAACCGUUACAAGCUUGGAGUCCAUGUGCUCACUUAUAAUAUUAGUGGCAUGGGAUGUAGUGCUGGUCUCAUUUCUAUAGACCUUGCAAACCGGCUUUUGCAGACUCAAGUGAGUGGCUACGCAUUGGUAGUUAGCGCAGAAAGCAUCAAUGCUGGUUAUUAUCUAGGCAAGGAUCGAUCAAAACUUAUAACAAAUUGUCUUUUCCGUAUGGGGGCAGCCGCUAUUCUCCUCUCGAACCGCUUCUCAGACUAUCGACGUUCCAAAUAUAAACUCAAGCACGUCGUGCGUACUCAUAAAGGAGCCGAUGACAAGGCUUUCAGAAGCGUAUACCAAGAACAAGAUGAAGAUGGAAAUAUUGGCAUAUCACUCUCAAAAUCCCUAACAGUUGUAGCUGGAGAAACUCUCAAAUCUAAUGUAACAACUCUAGGGCCAUUGGUACUUCCUAUGUCCGAGCAAUUUCUUUUUUUCGCAUCGUUGAUUGUUAGAAAGAUUUUAAAAAUGAAGAAUAUUUUCAAGAAGCCAUAUAUCCCUGAUUUCAAGCUGGCUUUCGAACAUUUCUUUAUUCAUGCUGGAGGAAGAGCAGUAUUGGAUGAGAUGGAAAAGAAUCUUGACCUCACGAAAUGGCAUAUGGAGCCAUCAAGAAUGACACUUUACAGGUUCGGAAACACAUCAAGUAGUUCAUUGUGGUAUGAGUUGGCCUACUCUGAGGCCAAAGGGAGGAUAAAAAAGGGUGACAGAGCAUGGCAAAUUGGAUUUGGCUCAGGUUUCAAAUGUAACAGUGUUGUUUGGCAUGCCCUUAAAACUAUUAAUCCUAAGGAUCUGGAAAAAAAUCCUUGGAUUGAUGAGAUUCAAGACUUCCCAAUUCAUGUCCCCGCGAUGAUGCCUCUUUCUAGUUGA